CGGCCGGUCUUCGGCAAGCUGCGCUCCCCAGUGGGUCAGCUGCAACGACAUGCCGUCACUGGGUGCUAGUCAUUCCCAAUCUCCCGCCCGUGCUGCUAGCACCAAGAUAAUCUCCCCUGGGAUUGGGGAUUAGAGAUUGCUUCUCCAAACACCAACUCAACGAAACCACAAAUACACACAAGAUGGCCAAACCAACGGCAAUGGCCGUAGACGCCCUUCCGAGGUUCCUGCUUCCUAGACUCAGCUGGACUGGUCCUGCGACAUCAUCCCAAGCCCUACGGCCUGUUUCGGCACUCCCUCCGAGCUCGCGCCGUCGGAUGCACACCCGAACGAGUGCUUUCAACGAGUCGAGUAUACCAACUAGAUGCCGCAGCAAUGGCUUCAAGACCGAGCGCGCCUCGAUACUGGCGAGCCCGGGCCUCACGCGGUCCUUUCAUGCGACUCCUUCAAGGCCAAGAGACCACCACUUUGAUACCUUGAAGUUCGUCCAGCGGAUGAAGAGCGAGGGCUUCACGGAGGUGCAGGCCGAGGCUACGAUGAAGGUCCUAAACGAUGUAAUACAAGAAAGCAUACAGAACCUCACCCGAACCAUGGUCCUCCGCGAAGAUGCCGCCAAGGCAACCUACACGCAAAAGGUCGACUUCGCCAAGCUGCGCUCGGAACUCCUGUCCGCCGAUAGCACCGAGUCGAGCACGACGCGCGCGUCCCACGAGAAGCUCGGCAACGACAUUGCGAAGCUGAGCUCCCGGCUGCGCGACGAGAUCGGCCGGACCCAGGCCAGCGUUCGCCUGGACCUGAACCUGGAGAAGGGUCGCAUCCGCGAGGAGGCCGUCGGCCAGGAGCUCAAGAUCAAGGAGACGGAGACAAAGAUCGAGCAGGAGGUGGCGGCGCUGCGCGAGAAGCUUGAGCAGGUCAAGUUCCAGACGCUGCAGUGGCUGAUGGGAGUGUGUACCGGUUUCGCCGCUCUGCUUCUUGGUGCCUGGAGGUUGCUCAUGUAAUCGAACCCAGCCCAUGGCCUUGGCGCGUUGUUGUGCAUCGCUGGCAGCGGUUCCAGAGUGAAUUGGAACCUGCCAAUGCGCUUUGAAAACGCAACAUGCUGCAUCAACGUAAGACGGCGUCCAUCCCGUCUUACCUUUGUUCAUAGUUGCCCUAUGUGGAGUAGGCACGGCGUUUAUCCUGACGCGCGGCUUUCGCCUUGUGGGACGCAGAUACUAGGUCUCAGGACCAGGCGAUUUGUCUCCAAUAUUGUAAGAAAGUCCUUAGAUCUACUUGUGAGGUAGAGAACUAGGUACGAAACCCU